AUGGCUCCUUCCAUUAUUUUCUUUGGAUUUCUAGUUUUGUCCUUCUCCUUUGCCUUGGCAUCAGAUCCGAGCCCACUUCAAGACUUCUGUGUGGCAGGUGGAGAUGGCAAUGUUCUUGUCAAUGGCUUGGCUUGCAAGGACCCCAAGAGUGUUCAAGCUAGUGACUUCUCUUUCAGUGGACUUCACAUGCUAGGCAACACAUCAAAUGCAGUGGGGUCGAGGGUAACUGCAGUGAAUGUAGCCCAAAUACCAGGACUUAACACACUUGGUAUCUCUUUUGCACGCCUUGACUAUGCACCAUCUGGUAUUAACCCUCCACACACGCACCCUCGUGCCUCUGAAAUAUUGACAGUUCUUGAAGGUAGUCUUGAAGUUGGAUUUGUUACAUCUAACCCUGAAAACCGUCUCAUUACCAAGGUCUUACAAAAGGGUGAUGUGUUUGUGUUCCCUGUCAAUCUUGUUCACUUUCAAAAAAAUGUGGGAACGAGAAAUGCUGUUGCCUUAGCUGCCUUGAGCAGCCAAAACCCCGGUGUUAUCACCAUUGCGAAUGCUGUGUUUGGGUCCAAUCCAGACAUUCCUAGUGACAUUCUUGCCAAGGCUUUCCAGUUGCACAAGAAUGUUGUCAAUUCCCUGCAAUCGAAGUUCUAGACAAGAAAUGGGAAAUGGUGGGAGAAGAAAGACAAGUUGGUUAGGCCAUCAAGUUCUUUGUAUUUCAUUGGUUUUGUACUUACCUUUGUGUGCAUGCAGUGGAGUGCUUGUGCUUCAUUGCAUGAUAGCUUAAGUGGAUUUGUAUUCCAUGUAUUAAAAGGUGUU